AUGUCCCACCGAUUACAUUCCCCCAGGUCUGCCUCCUCAUCCUCUCGUAGACACCAAAUAUCCAGCCCAACCGCUCUGACGUACUAUUCUCCUCUGGAAUCUUUCUCCCAUCACUCCUCCAACACCCAGCCACCAGACCGCUCCCAUUAUCGCCAACCUUCGUACGAUCAGUACGAUGGGGGUAUCACCAACCAACAACUCAGUAUUGAAAGAAAAUUCCACAACUAUGACUACCAGGAUAUCAGCGAUUUCAAGGUCAAAAGCUCGAAAUCCGCAAAACUUAGAGCCUCCAUUGGUGUUUGUGCCGCUACCAUAAAAUCGUCUAGGAGUGCCAAAAGCUCUAAAAGCGUUGCCAAAGUUCAAAGAGAAUCGGCUUCUCGUCCCUUAUCUUCUGGCGGCUCGUACUCCGCUAAUAGUUCCGUUAAUAUCGAUUCGAUGUCAAUAAGUAUGCAUUCGGUGGCCAUAUCUUCGGUACAUCAAAAACACAUCCACGUUGGGCCGGCAGAAUCAACUUCAGGGGCCCAAACAAACUACGAUAAACAGAAAGUCAGAAUGUACUUGGAAAAAAAGGCCUUGAGCUCAGAUUCCCAAACUGCCUUCGAUUUGGUAAGCCUCGACAGCGAUAGAUCUGGUCCCUACCAACAAUCACCGACUUGUCACGGAUCAAAUAGAAAAGCCAGACCAAGGGGUUCCAACGCAUCAUCUAAAAGGAAAUAUUCUUCUCUGCAGCCAGUAAAUAGACAAUCACACCGAUCUAGAUCGAGUCAGGAAUAUAUUGAUGAUAAUCAAGUAUUUCUUAUCAGCAAAGAUUCUUGCAUUCCUCUUAAUGAUGACCAGCAUUCGCUAUUGGAUGAUAUCUCACUCCAUCAACCACCGCCUCGCAGUUCCAGUCAUCCCAAAAUCAAUUUGACCAACAACAACAACAACAACAACUCAACAGGAUCCACCGACUCAGCCGGUUCUUCGAAUUCCAGAAACUCCUACAAUUAUUACAAUUCUAGUAGUCCAUUAACAUCUCCGGAAAAUUCUCCAUUGACUAACCCAAAGCAAUCAGUGUUUCAACAAUUUGACGGUCAUCAUGCUAAUCCCAACUCCAUGCAGAACUCCCCGCAGUUGUCGAAUCUUUCCACUAAUCAAACCUUGGAUAAUAAAACGUACCAACCUUCGUCAAUUGUGAAGGCAGCCAUUCCAAAAGAGGGCCAUCUCUCAAAACAUCAUCAUCGUAAUCAUCAAAACCCACAUGCGACUUUCGUACCUCAAUAUAAACAGAUACCCGAGGAAACUGCGUCAAUGGGUAAAUCGUUAAGAUCAAGAAAACAUUCACAUCACUCUCUUGGAUCUAAAAUGGCGCCAACCAAUGCCCACCAUCGCCACAACAGCAAUAAUGAGACACUCAAUAACAGUCAUGGUAAUGGAAUUACUGGCCAAAACGUUGAGACUAGGUUGCCAAAAACAGUUUUCAGUCUUGAAGACACUUUGCGUGCUGACAAGGAUUUGAGCUUACCAACCCAUGAAGAAUUAAAGCGCAGUGUGGCCACCAACCUCCAUAGGAAACCAACCCCAACCCAAACCCCAAAUAUGAGUAUGAGUGAUGGCAAAGUGAAGAGAAAAUCGGGAGGGUUUUUUGGAUUUUUGGCUAAUUUGUUCGGGGGUAACAAGAAUAAAAAGAUUGAUAAGAGGAAAAUUGAGGUUGUCAAUCAAAGAAUUGGGGUAUAUUGA